AUGAAACGGAACGUAUACCUUGUUUUCGGGGUGAUCUUAGGUGUACGUGGGGUCAUCAUCUCCGACUUCAUGUCCAGAAAUCCAACUUACGACAACAGGGCAACUCUAGCAACCGAUAUUAUAUCAACACUUAUUUUCAGAAGUUCUAUGCACUGUGCAUCUCAUUGUACAAGAAAUGACGAGUGUAAAUCCAUCAUGUUCAACAAGGACACUCAUUCUUGCCAACUUCUAUCCGUUCACAUGUCAGACACGGGACCGCAAAUUUACAGUGGAUGGCUGUAUUAUGAGAAAAAAAUCGAUUGUUCAAUCUGGCACGAACGUUUAGGUCACUGGUAUAUAUUGGAUACCAAUGAGAGAACAUUCAAUGAUUCGCGGUCAUUUUGUGCCAGCCUGUCUCCAAAAUCUUAUGUCAUUGAAGUGGACUCCCAAGCAGAAAAUGACUGGCUCGUCGAGUUAGCAGUUACCUAUUGUGGAAUGGCUGGUAGAUACUGGCUGAACGGAUACGAUACAGAUAAUUCUGGUACGUUUACGUGGAUUGAUAGUCAAACUCCGACAAACUACACUAACUGGGACAAUGAUCAACCAAAUGAUCAUGAAGGCAAAGAUCAAAAAUGUAUUGAAUCAAAAAUCGAUGAUGGAGGACGGUGGAAUGAUCUGUCAUGCCUUUCUAUGAGAUGGGUUGUUUGUAAAAGGAAUUCAUAGUAUGGAGUUGUUUUACCGGUAUUCAUGUAAAAUUUGAACAGACUUGAUGUCUUACAUAAUUCUCAAAAGUUAUUAGUGGAAUUUGUGACAAUAUAAACAACUCAUUAUAAAAUAUACAAGGAAUUUUUUCCUUUUUUUCACAGUUUUCGUCAUUGCUAAAGGGUAAUUUUAAAAUGCUAAUUAUUAAACCCUAAAAAAGUGUCUUAAUCGUUUAUGAGGUUUGCUGGUAAAAUCAUAAAUGAAAAUGACCAUGUGUGGCGUUCUGUUUAACAUGUUAUUGCACAGAAUGAUA